AAGAAGAAGAACAGAUCUCCGAAGGAAUUCACAGACGGACGCGUAAACCUCCCAUUCUACGAAAUUCCUCUUCUUCUUCUUCAUUAUCGUCGUCUUCGCCUUCUUCUUCGUCUUCACCUCCGAUUGGAAUCCGCCGCCGCCGAUGGUUCCGCCGCCGUCAAAUCCACCGAAUCCGCAGCAGAUUCAGCAAUUCCUCUCCUCCGUGCUCUCUCAACGAGGCCCUUCGGCUUUACCUUACGCCGAAAGCACCAAAUGGUUGAUACGACAACACCUCCUCAACCUCGUAUCAUCAUACCCUUCCCUCGAACCGAAGACUGCGACGUUUACCCACAACGAUGGCCGCUCCGUCAACCUCCUCCAAGCUGACGGCACAGUGCCGAUGCCAUUUCAGGGCGUUACCUACAACAUCCCCGUCGUCAUCUGGCUCCUCGAGUCCUACCCUCGCCACCCUCCUUGCGUCUACGUGAAUCCCACGCGCGACAUGAUCAUUAAGCGCCCUCACUCUCACGUUACGCCCUCUGGGCUCGCUUCUGUUCCCUAUUUGCAGAACUGGGUUUACCCUAGUUCGAAUCUCGUCGAUCUAGUCUCCGAGCUGAGCGCCGUUUUCGCCCGUGACCCGCCGCUUUACUCCCAGCGCCGCCCACAGCCUCCGUCGUCUCCUUCGCCGGCGUAUUCGUCGUCUUCGAUCGGAUCUGGUUAUGGAUCGUCGUCGGCGACGCCUCACACGCGGCCUCCGGUGGAUCAGCCGCCGUUGAGGCCGUUCCCGCCGUCUCCGUAUGGUGGAGGAGGGAGGGUGCAGCACCUCCAUCAUCAGCAUCAUCCGCCGUCGCAGCAGCAGACGGAUGAUGCGGCUGAGGUUUACAAGAAGAACGCGAUCAAUAAGAUCGUGGAGAUGGUUCACGGUGAUCUCGCGGCGAUGAGGAGGGCGAAGGAGGGCGAAGCGGAGGGGCUUCUGAGCUUGCAGGCAUCUCUGAAGAGGAGAGAGGAGGAGAUCAACAAGGGUUUUAAGGAGAUGAUCGACGAGAAAGAGGGCUUAGAGCAGCAAUUGCAGGUUAUCUCUAUGAACACAGAUAUUCUAGAUUCGUGGGUUAGGGAGAACGAAGGGAAGACAAAGAAUUUAGGGGAUUUGGAUGUGGAUAAUGCCUUUGAAUGCGUAGACACAUUGUCCAAACAGAUGUUAGAGUGUACUGCUUUGGACUUAGCCAUUGAAGAUACUGUCUAUUCCUUGGAUAAGGCGCUGCAAGAUGGGGCAGUGCCAUUUGAUCAGUACUUGAGGAACGUGAGAUUGUUGUCGAGGGAGCAGUUCUUCCACCGUGCCACUGCUGCCAAAGUUAGGGCAGCUCAGAUGGAGGUUCAGGUUGCUUCUAUAGCAGCUAGAUUGCAUUCUUGAGAUUCGGUUCGCAUCUUUCAGGAAAUUAUCUCUGGUUACAUUUCGAUUGAUUGAUCUUUAUGUUUAUUUCAUGAUCAUACACAUAGCUUGCACAAUGCUGCACAUAGAGGAAAUUCGAGUUUGAUCAAGUCCCGAACUUUAGUUUCGGUUGAUGACAGGACAGGAGGGUGAUUUCAAUUUUCAACCCUUGUUUGUUUUUUGUUUUUGCAUUUGUGAUGAGCAUUAAACCUUAUGGAUCUAUUGAUACGAGUGUAAAGGUUUGCAUUUGCGUUUGAACCCGAGACAGUUUCAUGUAUAGAGAAACAGCUGAUUCAUUUGUGAAA